ACAUACUGCGCCUGCGCAAGGGCUGUGGCCCUUUUCCCCCCCUCUAGCGCCGCUGGGCCUGCAGGUCUCUGUCGAGCCGCGGACGCGGGUCUCUGUUCCGCAGGAUGGGGUUUGUUAAAGUUGUUAAGAAUAAGGCCUACUUUAAGAGAUACCAAGUGAAAUUUAGAAGACGACGAGAGGGUAAAACUGAUUACUAUGCUCGGAAACGCUUGGUGAUACAGGAUAAAAAUAAAUACAACACACCCAAAUACAGGAUGAUAGUUCGUGUAACAAACAGAGAUAUCAUUUGUCAGAUUGCUUAUGCCCGUAUAGAGGGGGAUAUGAUAGUCUGCGCAGCAUAUGCACACGAACUGCCAAAAUAUGGUGUGAAGGUUGGCCUGACAAACUAUGCUGCAGCAUAUUGUACUGGCCUGCUGCUGGCCCGCAGGCUUCUCAAUAGGUUUGGCAUGGACAAGAUCUAUGAAGGCCAAGUGGAGGUGACUGGCGAUGAAUACAAUGUGGAAAGCAUUGAUGGUCAGCCAGGUGCCUUUACCUGCUAUUUGGAUGCAGGCCUUGCCAGAACUACCACUGGCAAUAAAGUUUUUGGCGCCCUGAAGGGAGCUGUGGAUGGAGGCUUGUCUAUCCCUCACAGUACCAAACGAUUCCCCGGUUAUGAUUCUGAAAGCAAGGAAUUUAAUGCAGAAGUACACCGGAAGCACAUCAUGGGCCAGAAUGUUGCAGAUUAUAUGCGCUACUUAAUGGAAGAAGAUGAAGAUGCUUACAAGAAACAGUUCUCUCAAUACAUAAAGAACAGUGUAACUCCAGACAUGGUAAAACAUUUACCUAAAAAUGUCUAUAUUGGUUAAUUUAUAGAAAUAGGUUUAUUACUUGUUUUGGGGGCAGGUAACAUUGUUAUAUAGGUAUGUUUCAGGGUAGUACUGAGCUAGACGUGUCAACAUUCUUUUAGUAAUCUUUUAGAUCCUCAGGUGUGGGAGACUUCAAGUCUCUGAAGAUUUGGCUACCUUUUAUGCUUUGGCUGUUAUGUAUUUGUAAAUGUCAUUCCUGUAAUCAUAGUUGUAAUCUGCUUUGUUUGAUAGGAGGUGCUAGAUAAUAAACUUCACUUAUUUGGUACCAUCUGGGAGGGAAGCUCUUCGUAGCAUAUGUGUGCUAUAUUCUGGGCUUUCCAAUUAUCUCAGACACGUACACAGGAAAAGAGAUUUGAUCACUGGGUUUGCAUGAUGUUGUAGAAAUGAGGGGAGUCAUGUAUGCAAGAACCAGUCCCAAAGUGCUGGGCUUACAGAUGAGAGCCAUUGUGCCUGACCCAAGUCCUUUUUUGUUAGUGUGUAGUAGCUUCUAUUUUGGAUAAAAACAGAGUUGUAGUUGGGAAAUGAUCACUUUCUGUUAUUUCUAUGCUUUGGACACAGUGUAAAGGCUGAAUAAAUACAUAGCUUGAGUUCUGAGUUAGGAAAAGAAGAGUAGUUUUUUAUCAGUAAUGUAGGUGCACGUUAAUUUUUACUGCGUUGUAUUUCUUUGUUACUUACGACUUCAUCCUGGUAAAGAAAAGAGGUCAUUUACUUUUAGAUUAUGAUUCUAUUAGUCCUGCAAAAUUUACUUCCUAACCUGUAUCUUGAUGUAGUCAUGUCAUACUUGCUCAGAACUUUCAGACUCACAGUUUGUGCUUUCAGAUGUUUACUUCCUAAUGCUUUCCUGUAUACAUGCCUUCCUUCAGCUAGACUACUUUUUGGCUAAUGUAUUUUUCUAGCUGGCUCAUUAAUUUUAUCUACAGUGGCCUCUAUCCUUCAGUGUGCCUGCUGAAAUCCUAUGCAGACAUCUGAUGUGUCUCCAACAGGAAGUGGUCUUUACCUGAUUCAUGGCAUUAUCUACAUGUCUACUUGUCUGAUGUCUUGGAAGGAACUGGGUUGCUUAGAUUUGUUGAAUGACUAUAUAUGAAGUCAUCAAAUGGAUUCGUUAUUUGUUAGUGAACAGCUAUAGUAGAGUGCUAAAAGAGGUAGGGAAAUUAACUUUCAAAAUGGGUAUAGGUAGUUGAGGUUUCAAAUGCAGUGAGCAUUUUUGCAUUAUUUUCCUUUACUGAUAAUCUUUAUGCUAAUACAUGUAGUAAUCACAUCUCCACAUUGAAUGAAUAAUUUUAGAGACCUGGAUUACUGUGACAUAGUCUGUAGUGGGCUAUAAUUAUUAGGUAUUCA